AUGAUUGCAUGUGUAGCGGUCAUCGGCGCAGCCAAUAACCCCUUAUAUAUUCGCACGUUUGGUGAGGAGAGCGAAGACUUAGGGUUUCAUUAUGUAGCGCACGUAUCUCUUGACGUGAUCGAGGAAAAGAUGCGGUGUGCAGCUGUCACGGCAUCUAAGGACGACAUGUAUUUGGGUUUUCUUGGCCCAAUUGAAGAUUACCGAGUCUUUGGUUACGUGACUAAUACGUCUGUCAAGUUUGUCGUGGUGCUACAGGAAACUCCCGUCCGUGAGUCUGAGUUGAGACCGGUACAAUCAGUCCUUGCACCAGGCCAAUUAACAUCGCUCUAA